AUGCAAAAAUUGAAAUCACAAGGCAUUCGUCAUUUGUCUGACGGUGUACUAAAAAUAUUAACUCAAAAUCGUAUAACUACAAUAUACGAUUUUCUGGAAGAAGAUAUUUCCAAACUGUCGUCAUUAACCAGAUUAAAUUUACCAGAAAUACUAGCCAUUAGAAGUGAUAUAUUUGAAAAGUAUUCUGCACCUCUAGUCAAUGGCACAACAUUGUUAACUAAAGUUCUUAUAAACGAAAAAAAAAUAGCCACAGGCAUUAAAAGUUUAGAUGCUGCUACAUGUGGUGGGAUUCCCAUGGGCUGUAUAACAGAAUUAUGUGGACUUGCAGAGUCAGGCAAAUCCCAGUUAUCAUUUCAGGUAGCAAUAAACUGUGUUAAAAAUACAGAGCGCACUGUGUUGUAUGUUGAUACCAAAGGAGAUUUCUCAGCAAUUAGAAUACAACAAAUAUUGGGAUCGCAAAACUGUUCUAAUAAGGAAAUGGCAAGUAUAAUGUACAAAAUAAAAGUAGUUUAUAUAUGGACAAUGGAUGAGUUAGUUGAAUUGUUUAGAAGUAUAAAGAAUAAAACAUUUGUCAUUGAAAAUUUAGCCUUAGUUAUUGUGGAUUCUUUACCAUGCCUAAUGUUUCAAUAUCUCGGUGAUGAAAAUAAGAUGGGAUUAUCUCUUUUAAAUACACUGGUUAACUAUAGUAGAUUUGUUGGGAAUGAAUUCAAUAUAGGAAUAGUAUAUAUAAACAUACAAACUAGGUGGAUAGACUCUGAUAUUUGUGAGGAGGAAGAUAAUGUUCAAAGUUCUUCAGCUUUAAAAGAACACUCAUAUGUUGAGAAAAGAAAUCGUUGCCUAGGAAGAUAUUGGGAACAAAUUCCAGCUUUGGUUUUGAUAUUGGAAGUUCUUGAAAGAGUUAAGGAAACUUUUAGUUUUACACAAAUAAAAGUUUCUGUGAUGUGUUCAAAUAAUGUUAAAUGUCACAAAAAUGAAUGUACUAUAAAUUUAAGUAUGUGUGGUAUUGAAUAA